UAUUUUUGUAUUCCUUCUGUAACACAUGUUUUUAAAUUUGCUUAUUAUGUUUUUAAAAUUAAAAUCUUUAAUUAAUCACAAAUUAAUAGUUUAAUAAACCAAUCAAAGUUCAUUUUAUAUAAAUACCUCAAAAAUGUCUUCUUGGAAAAAAGCAUCCAAAAGCAAUCAAAAAACCCACAGAGAACGUCAUCAACCUCAAUCCAGGGAGCACCUCGGAAUACUUGAAAAGAAAAAAGAUUACAAAAAGCGUUCCAACAAUGCACAUCACAAAGAGAAAACCUUAAAAUUCCUCCAUAAACGUGCAUUGAAUAAAAAUCCUGAUGAAUUCUAUCAUCAUAUGAUAAAUUCCAAAAUUAAGGAUGACGAACAUAUCGAAUUUGAUAAACCCGAUGAACACACUAAAGAUCAAUUGUCUCUUAUGGAGACACAGGACAUGAAAUAUAUCAACAUGAAAAGAACGAUGGAGACUAAGAAAAUCAAACGACUUCAAUCGCAAUUGCAUAUGAUUGAUUUUGCCAAUCAAGUGAAGAAUAAACAUACUUUCUUUGUUGAUGGAGAAGAAGUGGAUUUAAAGAAAUUUGAUAUUGCCAAGAGAUUAGAAACUCAUCCAAGUCUUUUGGAUCGCAAAACUAAUAGACCAAGGAUGGAGGAUUUGCAGAAAUUUAAUAUUCCUGAUGUUAGUAAGGAGGAUUAUAAAAAAAUUAAUGAAAAAAAGGAACAAUCUUAUAUGGAACUUAGCAAGAGAAUUGAACGUGAAAAAGAACUGAGUGUAGUUCAGCAAAAGUUAGAGCUGAAGCGUUUGCUUCAACAAAAGAGGAAAAGGAAACCGAAACAAAUAAGACCGGGAACGAAAGAUACCGCACCUGUAAUUAAAUUUAAGUACGAAAGGAAAAAGUGAGAAGAAUAGAAAAUGUUUGGUUCAGAAAGUUCCGCUCUGUAUUUAAAUUUUCAAUUGGUCGUUUUACAAGAUUAGGACUUUUCUUGAAUUC